CCCUGCCUUUGUCUCUGCCUGCCCGUGGGCUCGGCUGGGCUGUGAAGAGAGGGAGGGCGGCUCUUUGCAUUCAGGCCCUGGGUCACUAGCACCUCACCACUCUUCCUCUGAAGACACAGCCAGCAGCUCCUGCUAUGGACAGGUGGUACCUGGGUGGCAGCCCCAAGGAGAACGUGGACCCAUUCUACUACGACUACGAGACCGUCCGCAAUGGGGGCCUGAUCUUCGCCGCCCUGGCCUUCAUCGUGGGGCUCGUCAUCAUCCUCAGCAAAAGAUUCCGCUGUGGGGCCAAAAAGAAGCACCGGCAAAUUCCUGAAGAUGAGCUCUAAGGAGAGAGCCAGCUGUGCCCACCCUUGCACUGAGGCUGCCUGGAAGUCUUUCCUGAGCUUUAGACCUCUGUCCCAGCACUGCCAAGCCCUGGGGCUGAAGGAAGCUUCGGGCUCCACGUGACCCCUGGGUGGGCAUCACCUCCUUCUGCCCCGUGUUAAUAAUAAAGCUGGCCUUGGA